GGUGGGGGGAGAGUGAACGCGUGUGCAUAGCUUCGGAGAGAAGCGCAUGGCUUGGGGGAGAGAAGUAUGCACGCAGUCGAACAGCGCCUGUUGAGUGUGGGACGUCUACCAAUCUUCGUCUACUACAAUACCGUCUCUCCCCUCCUCAAGACAAUAUCCUAUAGGCUCAGUGUGGAAGGGCCUUUAUGCAUUAAAACCAAUAAUGUGAGAACCCGAUGCAGACCUCGUGUCAUGGACGUUUAAUUGUAACAACAGCUCCAUUUUAUUUGUGUCGUACCUUUUCUUAACCGGCGGUGAAAUCAUCGAUUUACACUAACCUACUGAUACCUGGAUUGAGAUGCGGCAAUGUUCCGAGCAAUAUGCACACGUGUAAACUUCUGCUGGAUUUGGCUGGCUGUUCUGUUUCUGCUGAAAGUAGAGGAUGUUGGCGCUUACAGCUGUCAUGAGGUGAAGACCGCCUUCCAGGUGCGACAGAUCGGUCCGCUGAAGUGGGUACCGGAGACACCUGGAACAGAUGUGGACCUGUUGGUGUGUAAGCACCAGGGCCCGUCCUGUUGCACCCGCAAGAUGGAGGAGAGCUACCAGGAGGCGGUGAGACGAGAGACCCUCCAGAAUGUCCGCUCCUACAGCUUCGAGCUGAAGUACCUCAUCUCCGGCCACGCCACUGCCUUCCAGGACACCUUCCAGUACCUGCUCUCCUUCUCCCAGGGCCACCUCUCCUCCCUGCUAGAGGACACCUACUCGCCCCUCUCCCGGGAGGCCCUCCCCCAUGUCAACACCCUCUUCUCCUCCCUCUCCCUCUACAUCCGCGGACACAACCUCUCCCUCGAAGCUGCCGUGGCCCGUUUCCACGACAACCUCUUCCCGCUCGUCUACGGGCGCCUGGUCAACCCGGGCGUGGGCGUCCAGGGUGGUUUGUCCGGCGAGCGGGGCGAGUGUCUCCGCGCCACACGGCAGGACGUCAACCCAUUCGGCCCUCACCCCGAAAUGCUCGCUCAGGAAUUGGGGCGCACCCUGGGCGCCGGGCGAGCCUUAUCCCUGGCCCUCGCCGAGGGCACCGAAGUCAUGAACGCCACCGAACACGUUUCCUUCACCAAAGAGUGUUUACGUGGCUUGACCAAGAUGCAGUACUGCUCGCACUGCCGUGGGCUGACGCUGAUCAAGCCGUGCGUGGGCUACUGCCUGAACGUGAUGCGCGGGUGCUUGGCGAGCGUGGCCGAGCUGGACGGGCCGUGGCGGCGGUAUGUGGCGGCUCUGGAGGAGCUGACCAAUGCUGUGGCCGGACAACACAGCCUGGAACUGGCCCUGCUUGGAGUCAGGGGGCGCGUGAAUGAGGCCAUACUACACGCUCAGCUCCAUGGGCCCACGCUGACCGCUACGGUGGACAAAGUGUGUGGUCGGUCAGCCAAGGAGCCCCGCACCAGCGUCCACCCUGACCCCGCCCCGGAGGUCACGACCUCCACGGUGACAUCAUCGACCGUCCCUCCCUCCGACCCCCCCUCCAUCCCCCCACCAGAACAGCUGAUGGGACAACUUGCCCACCUGAGGAGGGAGUUUCUGAGCUACAUCCAGCGCUAUAAGUCAUUCUUUGCCGUGCUUCCGGAGAUGCUGUGUGAGGGAGAGAUGGUGGUGGACGACUUUACCUGCUGGAGCGGAGACGACGUGGUGGAGAGUUAUACAGGCAGAGUGGUGGGGAACGGUCUCCAGGCCCAGAAGCAGAACCCCGAGGUCAAAGUUCGCAGCCCAAACCCCGAACUGGCCGAGGUGAAGGAGAGGCUGGAGCGCUUCAACCAGGAGAUUCAGGACAUGCUGCCAGGGCUGGGCCAGAGCGAGUCCUGGGGGGAGCUGGGUAGUGGCGACACAGAGGAUGGCAGCGGAGACUGUGACGAUGAAGACGGGUGUCAAGGGUCUGGAACGGGGACGGUCAGGAGCUCCCCUGAUGGUCGACCAGAGGUUUCCAGCGACAAACCCGUAGGAAGUAACCCUGGUGGUCGUGCUCCCCCGGUGGUGAGGCUGAGAGGUGCAGGGUGCCCCCCUGCCUGUCUGUCUCUACCCACGGCCCUCACCCUCCUCCUGGUCACUCUGGCUCUACAGUGGAGCAUGCUGUGAUCAAAUCAUAGUGCCCCCUACUGACCUGGCCCCAUCCACACACACAGUGGAGACUACACCCCUACACCACCUCCUAUGUACCCCAACCCCAAUGCACAGACUGGACUGGGGUAGAGGAAGGAGGAUGGGUGAAGAAAUGCGAAGAGGACGGAGAGAGAGGGAGGAGGGGGUGAAGAGAGAAGGAGAGAGAGAGAUGUGUGUGUGUGUGGGGGGGGGCUCCUCACAAGCAGAUUGUUACAGUACUCAGCCUGCUGCUUCCUGUGUGUAUGCUGUGGACUAGUCUCCCUCCACAGCUCUCCUGCUCUCUGCUUUAACAAUGCACUCACAUUCUCUACCACUGAGACGGACUACCACACGGUGGGAUGGACUACCACGUGGUAGGACGGACUACCACGCGGUGGGACGGACUACCACGCGGUGGGACGGACUACCACGCGGUGGGACGGACUACCACGCGGUGGGACGGACUACCACGCGGUGGGACGGACUACCACGCGGUGGGACGGACUACCACGCGGUGGGAUGGACUACCACGCGGUGGGACGGACUAACACGCACUGGGACGGACUACCACGCACUGGGACGGACUACCACGCACUGGGACGGACUACCACGCACUGGGACGGACUACCACGCACUGGGACGGACUACCACACACUGGGACGGACUACCACACACUGGGACGGACUACCACACUGUGGGACGGACUACCACACACUGUGGGGACGGACUACCACACUGUGGGACGGACUACCACACACUGGGACGGACUACCACACACUGGGACGGACUACCACACACUGGGACGGACUACCACACUGUGGGACGGACUACCACGCGGGACAUCUGGGCCUCAAUAUGCAAAACUCGCUCACAUACUCACGUGCACACUUUCACACACACACACACACACCUAAACUAACGCAUAUGCAGGCAAGCAUGCAUACACUUGCGCACGCACACACUUUUCAAUCUGCUGCUGGUUUUCUGUGUUGUCAGCUACAGUACUUACCUCUGUGGAUACUUUUCAUCUUUAGCCAAUCUUCUCCCGGGUUUCAACGCCAUUGGGCAGACUUCUCUCGGCUGUUUAUAUGCUCUAAAGGAUUAACACAUAUAAGAAAUGCAUGCCGGAUGAAUAAUACAAUCCCUUUCCCACCAGGCCAGCGUAGCCGAUUGGACCCACUCUAAUUGAUUAAUCCUAAUCCACGUCCUCAUUUUGUAUUGCCUGUUGCUGCAGGAUUAUUUUCCCUCUGUGGCAAACUGACUCAGACGAGGACCCCAUGUCUGUAUGCAACAGUAGAAUGUAUCGAUCUCAUUGGUAGAGAAGGGCAGGGAACGCACACGCUCGUCAGACGCGGCAUGCGUGUGUGGGCGGCCAUGUACUGUGUAUAGACCGAUUGAUUUGUUUGAGUAUAUUUAGAUAUCGUUCUAUCGAGCUCUCCCAACAUCAGCCCUUUAUCGAUAAGAGUUGAAUGGAUGAAAGGUGCCUGAAUAGAUUCUAUUUUUGUUUCUAUUUUCGUUUCCUGAAUAGCUUUGAAUGAACUGCGCUUGUCCCCGGAUUAAAUGAAACGCAAUGCAAUAGUAUCAGAGAUAUAUUUUGUAAUCCGACUAUACCGAGAAUGUGCACGUGUCUUUUGGUACACCAACAUGCUAUACGUGAAGUGUUGGCAACCUCCUUUCACCAGAAACCAUCGGUCAAAGCCUGUUUGUACAUUGUUGAUCCACCAUUGUUCGUCGUUCGUCCACUUUCGUCGUUGCCGUCUGCGUUUCGCUCUUUGAAUUGCUCAUAUGCAUGUCUACCCUUCAUAGUUAUCAUUGUUUUGUUACGUUAGUAACUUGAGACAGUGUACUGUAUUACAUUGCAACAGUCUGUUACCUCUACAGGAAAAGAAGGGAAAAAAAACAUUUCAUGCUGCUCUGCACCUCUCUCUUUUAUCUCCCUCUCUCGCUCGCUCUCACUCAUCUGUCUCUCUUUUCCAUAACCCAUUCAAUUGCUUUAGUUCUGUUUGGACAAGGUGAUCAAAAGACGUAACCAGCUUAUUCUACAGUUACCAUAUUAACCCAUAUUUAGGAUAACAACCGUUGGACUAUACAUUAUAUCAGUCAUGCAGAAACAUACACAAUGCAGUUACAUCCACGGCAGGGCAUUUCUAUCGCUUCCUCAAAAUAUUCAAUCAAUCUUGUUGUUUGAUUUAAUAUUUUGAUUGGAGUCUGUUUUAUUUUUAAUUUUUAAACAUUUUUAGAAGGGAAUGUUGGUACCGUAGAGGUUUGUACACUUGGAAGUGAUUAAAACCAGCAGAAUGAAUGUCUCAAAAAACACAGAAGUUUAUACUGUUAAGGCCAUUCGGUUUCUGCUGACCACGGGAUCUGACGAGUAAAAAAAACGAUGCUACAUUUAGCCUACACCUGGGUCAUGUUCAAUAGGGCACGCAAAGGAAAGUGAAAAUGAGACGUUAUCAUGACCUCUUUUUUUUAUUUUUAACGUUUUUUUUUUCUUGCUGCCUAAAUGAACACAACCCUCGCCUCCUCUUUCUGCUGACAAGGGCGUGACCUAUAUUGGGCGAAAAGUACUUUACUGUGUCUCCAAAGUUGGAGUGGUGCAUUGCUUCCCGCAGCAUCUGUAUUGAACUGAGUUGGCCUCAUGCAAAGUUGGCCGACAGACAUUUUGUUUUCAGGCCACAUUCAGAGCUGUACUGCCGACACAUCACCUGAUUCUCUGCUACCAUUUCUUUAACUCGCAUCCAAUGCAUUCAGAUCACUUCUUAUCGCAUGUGUAUAAAUGUAUAUAUUUUAAGUCCCUCUCCAUUUGUGGUUUCAUUUCCUUUCUUUUAUAUUGGAAACAUCACAGUGUAAGAAAUGUGGUGUUGUAAAGGUAUAUCACAUUUAUUCUACUAUAAUGCUGGACUGAAGAUUUCCCCCCCAUCAGCAAGAUUACUAUCGUAAUGGCCAUUGAGUGUGAAUGCAGUGGACAUUUGCCUGACAACUGAUAUUGUCUCUUUCUCAAUUCAUCUUUCUCCAAUUCAUUGUAUCCUCUCGCCACGCCUCAUUCUCAAACCGCUUUGGAGAAGGAAGCGAGCGGAGGGACCUUGGACCUUCUCCAAUAGGGUUGAGAAGGUGGUGAGGAAUCCCGGGAAGGACUAGUUAAGAUAGGAUGAGAACAACGGCUCUAUGUGACUUAUUCCUUAUUAAAGGGCUCCCACUGUUA